GCCGGGGGCCCGUGCGCUCUGGCCGAGGCUGCGGAGCGGGGCCGCGUGUGCCCCCGAGUUGGGAGGAAGAGGAAGUGCAGCGGCUCCGGCUCUGCGGAGCUGCCUGUCCCCGCCGAGGCGCCUCCCAGUCCCCGAAGCGGAGCCUCCCCCGGCCGCCUCCGCUCCCAUCUCCCCGGCGGCACAAACUUUCUGCCCUGCCAUGAGCCGGGCUGCGAGCGGCGGCGCCCGCGUGUCCCUGCCCGGGCGCUGAGCGGCGGAGCCUGCCGAGCCAGCCAGCUGCAGAGGAGCCCGCCCUAGCAGCUGUUGAAAUGGGUUGUGGACUAAACAAAUUAGAGAAACGUGAUGAAAAACGGCCUGGUAAUAUCUAUUCAACUUUGAAGAGGCCACAGGUGGAAACGAAGAUAGAUGUUUCAUAUGAGUAUCGUUUCCUGGAGUUCACAACUCUGAAUGAUGCUGAGCUACCAAGAUCCUCUGCAAUCAGGCUCUCUUCCUGGCGUGAUCUUCCAUCUCAGCUUCAAGAACUGUAUCAGCAGGGUUUCAUCUUGGCUGCUGUCCACCCUUUUGUGCAGCCAACUAAUGAAAAAGAAAGGACUCCGCAGGAACAAAUCUUCAGGGCUGUGCUGAUCAGGAAAACAGAAAGAUCUGUGAAAAGUGAUGUUCAAAGUGAAGGAUACACACUGGAGAUAGAAUCCUGCUUCUCCUCAGACCAACUCAUGGACAAAAAAAAGAUACCAGAUUUUAUUGAGAAAAUUCAAGAGGCAGCAAGUCAAGGCUUGAAGUUUGUUGGAGUUAUACUUCAGUACAGUUCCCAAGUGAGCCUGCAGGCCAGCACCACUGUGGCACCCACUGGUAACAAUUCUACACAACCACAGGAUGUAAAAAAUACAUCAAACUCUCCAGAGGAUCGUGCUUCACUAGAUAGGAAGAAAGUAGAUGGCGCAAAUGGAUGCAGUGCACCAGUCCCAAGUGAGGAAAACGCUGACCAGAGUAAAGAGCCCAUUGAGGAAGGAGGAGGGGAAGAACUAGAUGCUGGGCAUCUGAGCUUAAACUCUGCAGGAGAGAAUGGAGAGCAGUUUCAAGGAGAGAGUCCAAGCGUUUCACCAAGUCUCAGAGAAGCAACUGACAAGCAAGAAGGGGUAGCACAAAGUGACGCAGAGGCAUUGCGUGCAGAACCACUUACUGAAACAAUGGAAAUAUUUGCUAUCUUCAACAAGCCAAAAACCCAACAAAGAUGCUGCCAAUACUACAGUGUGAUGAUACCUAUGAAGAUCUCCAAAAACGGGCAGAUGGUCAACAACUUAGAAGCAAAUUGGCUGGAGCACAUGACAGAUCACUUCAGGAAAGGAGGCUUGCUGGUGAACGCCAUCUUCAGCCUUGGAAUGGUAAAUGCAGAUUCCAUGCAAGGCUUCACAGAUGGAGUGUUUGUCUUUGAAGAUCUUUCCAUGGAAGAUAAUAAAACUAUACGGGGCUAUGAUGCUAUUGUUGUGGAACAAUGGACUGUCCUGGAAGGAGUUGAAGUGCAGACAGAUUAUAUUCCACUGUUGAACUCUCUUGCAGUGUAUGGUUGGCAGUUGACUUGCGUGCUCCCUACUCCAAUUGUAAAGACAAACAGGGAGGGGAAUUUAGCCACUAAGCAGAUUGUCUUUCUUCAGAGACCCUCUCUACCCCAGAAAGCAAAGAAGAAAGAAUCUAAGUUUCACUGGAGGUUCUCCAAAGAAGAGAUGCACAACAAACAAACAAAGAAAUCUAUCAAGGCUAAACUAAGUUCAAGGGAGAAACAAGCAGCAGGAGAAAAACAGGAGUGUGAAGUUAUAGAGAACACAAGAAAUUUAGAAGUACAAUUGUCAACAAUUGAAAAUGUUGGGAAUUGCAAACCAGUCUUGAAUGAACAUCUAGAUGGUGUCACAGACGAGACAUCUGAGAUACAUGGGGACAAAGAAACAUCUAUUCAUGACAAUGAGGAAUCAGAAGAAAAAGGGCAACCAAGUCAUGACACUGAUCAAAAUGAAGUGGAAGUGUGUUUGAAUCACAAUGCUACAUUGAACAACUGUGAGGAUAAGAUAACACAUGAAGGAAGCUGUGUUCUAAUAACUGACAGUUGUGGUGGGGACUAUGGGGCAGGAUCCAUGGAUGUUUCCUGUGAUUAGUCACCUUCAUCUCAAGAUUACUGAAAGAGAUGCAGAUUUUUUUGUCAAACUAAAGAAUAAGUUUUGCUAAAUUGUAUUAAGCAACAAAGUUAGCGAGGACAAUUUUUAAUUUGGCUUUAUACAUGCCCUAUACGAUUUUAUUAUCUCCAAUGAACAUACACACGCAUUUUCAAAUUCCAACUAACUGUUAGGUCCACUUUUCCUCCCACAUAAGUUAAUGGCAAGAUUUUCUUUGGCUUUACUGAAAAUGGAACUGGCUGUACUAUUCCUUAGUUUCUAAAGGUACAGAUGAAAUGUGUUGUGAUAACCAAGCAAGGAGUGAAAAUAGAGUCAUGCUUAUUCUGUCACUCAAGAAAAACCACUUGUAUUUAAACAACUCAGUGCUGGCUUAACAAAAACAGGUUUGUAUCCAAUAUUUCAUAUUAGUUUAGGAGAAGCACUGUUGGUCACAUGUAUUAUAUAAUAAUUUUAUCAAAGUAUCAUUGCUGAAACAGUUAUUGUGCCAUGUUAUUUUGUCAUUGUUUUGUGUUGUUGAGAAAGUGGUGUUCGGGCUGGAAUUGGGAAGUUUGAUAAAGUGGCUGUAGCUGUAUUUAUCUUCCGUAAUAUAACUAGUCUUGACUUUAGUUAUUGCUUUACAGAUCUGCAAGAGUUAAGUAAACCAUGAAUAUUGUAGGCACGUGAGGGGAACCUGAUAGGGAAACAAACCUCUUGAUGAAUUUGUGUUGUGUGUUAAGCAGAUGGUUCUAACAGAAUGACCGUGAUUUCCAUUCUCUUAUUUUGGUGUACUGGAUUUUUAGGUUGCUAAUCAGCCCUUUGGCAAUACUUGGUGGGGUAUCAAGAAAAUGAAAACUGCAUGUAAAGUGUAACUCAUUAAUUGUACAUAUACAUAUAACACUGGAUACACUUGCCAUCUGCUAGCACUGCUAUUAUGUGAGUUUUUAUCAUUUAUCAACUGGAGUAGUAUGUUUCACAGGGAAAAAAAUUAACCAAAUAGCUAGCAGGCAAAUAUCAGUGAAAGCUGCUGAAUGACACUGAAGAAUAUAACCUAAUGACUAAAACCUUUCUUCUACAACAGGUAACCAUGUUUUUCAGCUGACAUACAAACUUUAUGAUGUAAAAUGGUCAGCAUUUUCAUGUUUGGAGGUAUAUUAAAAUCUUUAAAGUAAAAUAUAUGUGUAACAGGUUUUUUGGAUCAUAUUUGAAUCUACUCUUAAAAAUUGCAGUCUGCUUAAACUAUAACUUGUAGUAGUUUCUCUUUUCUUAAUAAGCAAUCCCCCUAAAGUUCUGGUUCACAGUUAAGCAUUCCUGUAUGGUGUUUUUAAAAAUACCUUCUACUUUUCGUUUUCUGUAAACAAACUAAUUCAAUAAACAACAAAGUUUUUUGACAUCUUAAAUGACU